AUGAUUUCAAUACGUUUAUUAAUAUUUUGGGUUAUUUUAUGUUUGCUAGCAUAUGACAUACAAAGAAGAGCUUUAGUUGUCUUAAAAGUUACUAACUUUAUAGAUAAGUAUGGAAGAAAUUUGACAGUUGAUGAUUUUAAUGCAUUACCAGGUUUUAAAAAUAAAAUUCAAGAAAUUGGAACACCAGCAAUAAUUUUAUUAAAUAAGUAUGCUUUAAAUAUUACAUUAAAUUUCUUGUGUAAUAUUGAAUCAUUUAAUGAAACAAAAUCAAAGAUAUUAUUAAUAUCUUUUGAUAAUACUUCAUAUAAUAUUUUGAAACAAUCUUUUCCAAACAUACAUAUUUAUCGAUUUUAUUCAAAACCUUUAGAAGAAAAAUUUAAACGUGGUGAAGGGACUUAUCAAUUUUUUCAAUAUUUUCGAGCUUCCCUAUCAGCAUAUCUUACAAAAAUAACUGAUGAAUUUUGGAUGAUACAAUGUGAUACAAUAUGGAGAGAUGAUUUAUUUAAAAAUAUAGAAAAUAAUAAAAAUUUAAAAUUAGAAAAUAGUUAUAAAAUAUUACUAGAUUCUGAGAGUGAUGAAGGAUUAUUAAAAAAUAUGACAGCUGGUGGAUAUUUUAAAGUUAAAAGUAGUAAAGAAACAUUUGAAUUAUUUAAUUUUGUUAAAGAAAAUCUUGAGAAUAGACUUGUGACUGAUAAUAAUAUGAUGAGUCAAUAUUGUUAUAAAUAUUUUACUUCAGAUGAAAGUAAACCUUUAUGUAAAUUCAUUCCUACAACUUUGAUGAGUAAUUGGAGAUUGAAUAUUGAAAAAGUUAAAGAACUUCCAUUAUUUCUUCAGUAUGAUGGUGGUGCUGGUGCAGAGGAAAAAUUUAAAAAAUUUGAAGAAAUAGGUGCAUUAUUUGUUGAUUUAUCAACAUACAAUAGUAAUAAAGUUUCUUGUAUUAAAAAAAGAAGUAAAAAUCCAACAAAAAGUUUAAAAACAGAAUUAAUAAUGAAAGAGAGUAAAAUACAAAAUAAAUUAAAUAUUUUAGAUAGAACAUUAUGUUGGAUAGCUGAAUUUUUAAUAAACACUUUUCCAUAUGUUGAAUAUUAUAUGAGAUCAUGGAUAUAUCCUGAUUUUUCAUAUAUUCUUACAAUAUAA